AUGACAAGUUUGCAUAGAUUGUCCUUGGGCAUUCUUCAUCCUGUUUUGUUUAGGUCUGAAAACGUGUUUUCUGUUCCUUUGCGAAUUUGGCGGUUGCUGGCUUCAGAAAUGGGUUAUCGAGAUCAUCUGGAGUCUUUGGUGAAGAAAGAUAAAGUAGUUGUAUUUAUGAAAGGCACCUCUGACCAGCCUAUUUGUGGUUUUAGUAAUGCUGUGGUACAGAUUCUCCGUAUGCACGGGGUAGAGGGUUAUGCAGCUUACAACGUUUUGGAGGAUCAAGAUUUAAGGCAAGGUGCUAAAGACUACUCAAACUGGCCGACUAUUCCUCAAGUUUACUUCAAUGGCGAAUUUGUUGGGGGCUGUGAUAUUCUCCUGCAGAUGCAUCAGAACGGAGAUCUGGUUGAAGAACUUAAGAAACUGGGAAUCAAAUCUGCACUUUUAGAAGCUGAAAAGGGCACUAAACAGUAGAA